AUGUUAAUAUUAAUAUAAUUGAUAGUAAGAGUACUUUCAAAUGAGAAGGUGAUUACAUAACAAGUAGCUUUAUAAAUGGCAUCAUUAAGUUUGGUAGGAACAGACUCAUCACCAGCAUUUUUGGAAUUUAUUAGUCUUCCUCAUUCAACAUCUCGUAUAACUAUAGAUAGAGCAGUGAAAUGGACAUUUAAUGAAGAUAUAGUAUUAUCGAUAUCACCAUUGGAAUUUUAUACAUCUGCAGAGAAAGCUUCUUUUCAUUCAUUGCGAAUAUAAGGUAAUUUCUACUAUAAAAAUCAACCUUAAUGGAUGUUAUGGUGGUAAGAAAAUUAUUGGUAGUAGCCAGUAGAUUGGAGUGAUAAUUCAAUAUCUACAUGUGGAGGUAUAAGUAUGUUAGGUGGUUAUGGAAAAUUUGCAGGAGGAGAAGUCUAGAAAACAUUUGUGGAAUUACCUUAACAUAGUAAAGUGAGGAUUGUUGCAAAUUAUCAUUUUAUAGAUGGUUGGGGAGGAGAAACAGGAUUCUUAAGAGCUAGUAUAGGAAGAAUGGAUGGAAUGGAAUAUAUUUGGACUGAAAAAUAUGACUAUUCAAAAGUUAAGAAUGGUAUUUCUGUUUGUGGGAGUAGAUAUCCUGAAGGAAAAUUGACAUCAGUUAUUGAUGUUUCAUUCCCACAUACUAAAGAUACUAUAAAGUUAGGAUUUGGAAGCACCCUAGACAAUGAUCCACUUGAGAAUUCAUUCGGAAUAUCAAACUUGUAGAUUUAUCUAAUCUGAU